GCGGGAAUAGAGACUGUGAAUGUCAGUGGAAGGGUCGGCUGGUGCAAAUGGCCGACAAGAUGCCUCGGUUCCUUUCGUCAUCCGGUGAUCGGCUGCGCCGAGGUGCUCUGAUCUGGGAAAUCUACCUGCUACUAGUAAUAUUGCGAGGACUCUGUUUCCUUCACGCCGUGUGCCGGCUUUCUUUGUGAUCUCGUUGGCAUAUUCUCCAUCUUUCUCUCUCCUUUCUUGCUCCUUCAUUAUCUUUCCAAAUUCAUCGAUUUGCUCCUUUGUCCCUCUCUAAAGCCGUGCGCUUUUAGUUGACACCCUUAGGACCCCGCCCGGCUUUUUUUUUUAUUUUUAAUCGGCCGGUCUCUUCAGUCCCUACGGGGCUCUUCUUAUUUCGCUUCUUCACCUAAUUAUAUAUUAUCACUAAGGCAAAUUGCCUUGUUAUAAAUAAUGACUGGUCAAUCAAAGCCGCUUUCGCCAUGGGGUAGCGCUGUUGCGGGUGCAACUGGCGCAGUUCUCGCAAAUGCUGCGGUGUACCCCCUGGACUUGGUCAAGACGAAACUCCAAGUUCAAGUGAAAGCCGCAAACGACUCGAAAGACGAAGCGAAAGACCCUCACUAUGAAUCGACCAUAGAUGCUAUCAAUAAGAUUGUGGAAAGCGAGGGUGUCAGUGGCCUGUACUCUGGUAUUGCAGGAUCGCUAUUAGGAGUUGCAUCCACCAACUUUGCGUACUUCUAUUGGUACAGCGUCGUCCGGACUAUCUACAUGGCAUCAAACCGAGUACCCAAGCCCCCCGGUACUGCUGUCGAGCUCAGUCUGGGUGCAGUCGCGGGCGCAGUCGCCCAAAUUUUCACAAUCCCGGUCGCUGUUAUUACGACAAGACAACAGACACAACCGAAGGAUGAUAAGAAGGGUUUGAUUGAAACUGGAAAGGAGGUUAUCGACAGUGAAGAUGGCUGGUCUGGCUUGUGGAGAGGUCUCAAGGCUAGUUUAAUCCUCGUUGUCAACCCAGCCAUCACAUACGGAGCCUAUCAACGAUUGAAGGACGUCAUUUUCCCUGGAAAGAACAACCUAAAGCCCUGGGAGGCUUUCCUUUUGGGCGCCAUGUCCAAGGCUCUAGCCACUAUUGCAACUCAGCCUUUGAUUGUUGCCAAGGUUGGCCUUCAAUCUCGGCCACCUCCGGGCCGCAAGCCAUUCAAGAGCUUCGGUGAGGUCAUGCGUUAUAUUGUUGACAAUGAAGGCCUGCUUGCCUUGUUCAAGGGCAUUGGACCACAGAUCGUCAAGGGACUUCUGGUACAGGGAUUGCUGAUGAUGACAAAGGAGAGGAUGGAACUUCUAUUCAUUGCCCUUUUUGCAUAUCUGCGGAAGAUCAAAGAACAAAAACUGAAGAAGGCCGUCGACAGCGCCGCAUCGAAGGCCAAAACAAGUCUCCCGGCGACCUUGAAAUAAAUUUGUCUAUGACAUAACUAUUCAUCGGAUCCAUUCUUUGAUUUAUAUGACUAUUUUUCGUUUACUCAGGCGCAAGGGCUGAAACUUAUCGAGCUUCAUUCUAUCUCAUGUUUUCUUUGUAUAUGUCUUCUUCUGGGAGGGAGACGGUCAUGAUGCUAUAAUAGAACAUACAGUAUACUAUUCCUCAGGCUUAUUACCAGGAUAGCCCUGUACACUCUGAACAAUGAUCCCACGGUUUUAGCAAUGAUCAGUCACUUUUAUUUGAAGACAAGGAUAAAGGAACGUUGUGGAGUCUGAUCUACAUCAAUCUCACAGGGUUCUUUCAAGACACAGAGCUUGUUCCACAUUCUUUGUCUGACGACUGGUAAAAAUAGCUGCUUCAGUUCUUUUAAUAUCAUCAAUCAGUGUCUUCUUUUGGAUAAAAAGACCCAUAAUGCGCCGUAUAUAGCUCCGAC